GUAGGACAACAUAUUACAAUCAGGGGAAUCGAGGGUGACAUGGAUGGCGGCAUUUGAUAUGAGACUGUUACGCGCAAAAACUUGACCUGUCGCUUAGCGCGAGGCUGUGAUCGCUUUUUGGCUGGACCCCAACCGCCAUCCGCGUAACGCAUAUCCAAAGAAAAAUUAUUGUCGCAAAAAAGGGGUCGGAGCAGUGACUCCCAAUCAGACCUUUAUUCAGCGCUUUUGUUUCUGCUGCUGCUGCUGCCGCGUACAGGUAACAGGAGCACAGCGCAUCUGCCCUGUGACGUACCCAACUUGAACCCUCUGCAUGUCGUCCACCAUCAUGCCCGUGGCCCAAAGGGGGCUCCAACGGUGCCUGCGACUCGGCGCGCACGGCAGGGUACAGCAGCGAUUCCACUCCUCGGCCCCCUCUCCCACCGCAUCUCCGCUCUCAGUAGCCAAACUCCUCGCCACGCCGGCCGAUGACGGCGAGAGACAGGUUUACGGCUUCGUUCGCUCGAUACGGAAGCAGAAAACACGUGCCUUUGCCGCCAUUGGGGAUGGCUCCAGCCUCGAACCCCUUCAGGCGCUUUUGACGCCUGCGCAGGCCGAGAACCUCACUACCGGUGCCGCCGUACACCUCACCGGCCAGUGGACCGCCUCCCCCGCCAAAGCCACCCAGGCCAGCGAGCUACACGUGAACGCCGUUGACCUCAUCGGCGCGUCAGAUGCCACCACUUACCCUCUGCAAAAGAAGUUUCAAACCGUAGAGUACCUACGCACCCUUCCGCACCUUCGCGCCCGCCUACCCUCCAACGCCCUCCUCCUCCGUCUCCGCUCCCAUGCCAUCGCGCACCUAACCACCUUCUUCGCCGCACGCGAGUUCACGCAGACGCACCCUCCCAUUCUGACCUCGUCGGACUGUGAGGGCGCGGGUGAAGUAUUCGGCAUCAGCACCGCAGCAGAAUCUCCCAGCGAUGCUUAUGACCCGGCAGCGAGCGGGGAGGCAGCAACCGCUCCUAGCAGUGCAGCGGUGCCGUUUUUCCGCACGCCAAAAUACCUAACCGUCUCGUCGCAACUUCACCUCGAGGCACUCGCACAGGCGGUUGGAGGAGUAUGGACGCUAUCGCCUACAUUCCGCGCGGAGCGUAGCGAUACGGCGCGCCAUUUGAGCGAGUUCUACAUGCUUGAGGCGGAGGCGACGUUCGUGUCCUCGCUCGAUGAGGUUAUGGAUCUCGCCGAGGACAUGAUACGCAGCGUGACGAAGGGGCUGAACGACAGCACUAUCGGGGAGGAAGUGCUACGUGGACAGAGGCGCGAGGGCGAGGAAGGGAUGGAUCUAGAGGGGCGGUGGAAGGGGAUUCUAGAGGGACCGUGGCCGCGGAUCACGUAUACGCAGGCCAUUGAUGCCCUAGUCGCGAGUGGCGAGACGUUUGAGCAUGCUCCCGUCUGGGGCGCUGGUCUACAGGCAGAACAUGAGCGCUUUUUGGCACGGGAAGUAGGAAAAGGGGGUCCUGUGUUCGUCACCAAGUAUCCAGCUGAGAUAAAGCCCUUCUACAUGCUUCCUUCCUCUACCUCUGGAGUUCCAGAGGACAAGAAAACAGUCGACUGCUUCGAUCUCCUCCUCCCCGACGUCUGCGAAGUAGCCGGCGGCUCGCUGCGCGAACACAGCCUCGAGCCUCUCCAGGCCGCGAUGCGCAAGCACGGCGUGGCGGAGGAGGGGAUGGAGUGGUACACCGACCUUCGGCGGUGGGGCAGUGUACCACACGGCGGGUUUGGGGUCGGUUUCGAUCGCCUGCUCGUGUAUCUGGGGGGCGUGGGGAAUAUUCGCGAGGUUGUUGCUUUUCCGCGGUGGGUGGGACGGUGUGAGUGUUAGAGGAUUAAUAAGGGGAGGAGGGGGAGGUUUGGGUGGGAGGUGAUGUCUAUACGAGCGGUGGAGGUUGGUCGCGAAUCCCUCACCUCACCUCGUUCCUUCGACCAUCGGCGCUGAAGGAUUUCCGAACACCAUUGCAACACCGGGUUUUCGAUCCCUCGUCCGCGCCAAUCAUCUCCACUUCGCUCGGCGGCGAAGGAUUGAGCUUGCAGCCCUACCAGACCGCUCAUCUCUUCCUUCCUUCGUCGCUCGCUUCCUUUUCAUUCAUUCCUUCAGGGAUCACGACAACGCACCGGCCUUACUCUAUGUAUAAAUACACUCGACGCAGCGCAUUGUCGAGCCUUAUGCGGCUGCCUUCCCGGAAGGAGCGCAAUAAUGGCCUCAUCUCAUUCAACCCCUCGGCGUCUGCUCAAUCUCCUCCGCGCGCACGCGAUCCGUAACCAUCAUUCCGCUGAUUAUCCAGCGAGUGGUGGUUGCUUCGGUGCUUUAAGGGGGGGUGUACUUCGACUGGAAGUACUGUACAAUACAACGUAACAAAACAAUGUAAGCUUCAGUAUUCAAUAGAACCACAAACUGUAAAAUAGCCAAUGUAAAAAUCAAAUAAACUCCAC